GGCGGGUGCAGCGGCGGCGGCGAGGCCAGGUGAGCGGUUGCUGGUCGUCGGGGCGCCGGCCGCGGCGCUCCAGGGCCCAGCAUGCGCGGGGGGCCCCGCGGCCACCAUGUACGUGGGCUAUGUGCUGGACAAGGACUCUCCGGUGUACCCUGGCCCCGCCAGGCCCCCGAGUCUCGGCCUGGGCCCACAAGCCUAUGGCCCCCCGGCCCCGGCCCCUGCACCCCCGCAGUACCCCGACUUCGCCGGCUACACUCACGUGGAGCCGGGCCCCGCGCCCCCCGCGACCUGGGGCGCACCCUUCCCCGCGCCCAAAGACGACUGGGCCGCUUACGGUGCUGGACCCGCGGCCCCGACCGCCAGCCCGGCCCCCCUGGCAUUCGGGCCCCCUCCGGACUUUAGCCCGGUACCCGCGCCCCCGGGGCCGGGCCCCGGCCUCCUGGCGCAGCCCCUCGGCGGCCCGGGCGCACCGUCCUCGCCAGGAGCGCAGAGGCGGACGCCCUACGAGUGGAUGCGGCGCAGCGUGGCGGCCGGAGGCGGCGGUGGCAGCGGUAAGACUCGGACCAAAGACAAAUACCGUGUGGUCUACACAGACCACCAGCGCCUGGAGCUGGAGAAGGAGUUCCAUUACAGCCGGUACAUCACCAUCCGGCGGAAAUCGGAGUUGGCCGCCAACCUGGGGCUCACUGAACGACAGGUAAAGAUCUGGUUCCAAAACCGUCGUGCAAAGGAGCGCAAAGUGAACAAGAAGAAGCAACAACAGCAGCAGCCACCCACACAGCUACCACCAGCCCUGGACACGCUGGAUGGCACCCCCACCUCAGCAGGGCCACCCCUGGGGGCCCUGGACCCCAGCAGUGCUGGCCUCCUGGGCGCUUCCUCCCCCAUGUCUGUCAAGGAGGAGUUUCUGCCCUAGCCUCCCAGUCAUGUGGCUCGGAGGACCUGGGCAUUCAGGUGCCACGGACAGGGCUUCUGAUGGGGUUCAUGACAUGAGGCUGGGCUCAGCCCCAGCCCUACCUCGGUCACAUGGACAAGAGUGAGCCGCCCACCCACUCCCUGCAUCUCCUCACCCCUCUGUAUGAAGAACUUCUUGGCUAAGGACAUCUCAGGCUCAUACGUUUGAGGCCUCGCUGGGGAUAAGGGAGCCUAGGGUAGGAGUCUCAGUCUCAGGAAAUCGCAAGUCCCAGAGGAUUGUGCAAAGGCCCAGGACAAGGCCCCAGGCCCCAGAGGCUCUGUGAGUGAGGUGGGAGGUGCUGUAGAGAGUUCUGCAUCCCGGAGAGAGGGAAUACUCUGAGUGAAGAUGGGGUGCUUGUAGCUGUGACAACUCCCACCUGCCUCUCCUGCGGCCCCACCUCCGCCUGCCCAUCAUGGCUCACCUGCCCUCCCCAGCCUGGGUGCUGAUAUAAAGCCAGGGUCUAAGGAGAGGCCCUGAUGAGUGUUCUCUGACUUGCAGGGCCCUGUCCACUUGCGAGCCUUGGCGGGGAGGCUCUUGUAUGGAGGGAUGGGGUACAGGGGAAGGGGCAGAGUGCACCCUGAGGGUCCUAUCACCCAUCAGGCUGCCCAUCAGUGCCUAGGUCCCAGGGAGCCCCAGAGACUGUCUCUGUACCCAGCAGAGCUCACAGCUGGACAGGCGUUUAAUACAGAGUGAAUCUCUUGGAUGCAGCUUCAAGAAUAAAUUGUUUUCUCUUUUUAAAAAAUGUAUAAAAAUCAUUAUACAUAGCAUUAAAGAAAAAUGUUUAAGAAGUAAAAAUCAGCCUCUCCCAUCCCUGACAAUUAUGUAUUCCCUUCCUGUUCUGCAGGCCUACAACAAGGUCACCUUUAAAAUACAUUUAAAAGAUCAAAAAGA